AUGAUGGCCUCAUUUCAAGCCCUGCGGACCCAGUAUGCUUCGCUGCUGAAAAGGUUUCUCUCUUCGACAAAGGACUUUGAGGUCUUGGCUACAGUUCCACCCGAUCACUCCGCGGAAUCGGAGACACUCUAUGUCUUAGAUUCCUCCUUCAAUCCCCCCACUCGUGCCCACCUCCGCAUCGCCAGCACCGCACUCCUGGAGAAUCCCAAGCCUCGUCCCCGCCUGCUACUUCUUUUAGCCACCCAAAAUGCAGACAAACCCUCCAAGCCGGCGUCCUUCGAGGACCGGCUCGCGAUGAUGGACCUCUUCGCGCGCGAUCUCCGCGCCCGCCUGGCGGAGUCACCAGCCUUCGCCGCAACGGGUCUGACCCAUGCCGUGGAGAAUCUUCCCCUUGUCGAUAUCGGUGUGACCCGGAAGCCAUAUUUCGUCGAUAAGGCUGCCGCCAUUGAACAUUCGGAUUCAUACCCGGUUGCGCUGGAGCAGGUCCAUCUGACAGGCUAUGAUACGUUGAUUCGGAUCUUCAAUGCGAAAUAUUACCCCCCAACACAUACACUCACGCCAUUGGAGCCUUUCUUGUCAAAACAUCGUCUGCGUGUGACAAUGCGACCAAGCGAUGAGUGGGGUGGUCCGGAAGAGCAGCUCGGCUGGAUGGAGGCUCUGGCGCGAGGUGAUCGGGAUGCCGAGGGGGCGCAGCGCGAGUGGGCACAGCGCAUCCAACUAGUUCCAGGUCGACCUCCAUCCGAGCAGCCCGUGAGCUCAACUUUGGCCCGGGAAGCUCUAACAUCCGAUCUGGAUGAUCUGAAUCGUCUGGUCCCAGACCAGGUGCGAGACUUCCUUCUGUCGGAACAUCCAUAUUCUGGAAACAGCAAAGUGUAG